AUGGCACUGGGGAGUCCCUACAAAAUGGUCGAAGUGGUCUUCAUUGUGAUUGUGACAGGAUCUUUAAGUCUGGUGACCAUUAUUGGAAACAUUCUGGUUAUUGUCUCUAUCAAAGUAAACAGACAAUUACAAACUAUCAACAACUACUUUAUUUUCAGCUUGGCCUGUUCUGAUUUGAUUAUUGGUGUAUUCUCUAUGAAUCUAUACACCACCUACACUAUAAUUGGCUACUGGCCGUUGGGCCCAGUGGUUUGUGAUUUAUGGCUUGCUCUAGAUUAUGUCGUCAGUAACGCCUCUUCUAUGAACCUCCUGAUCAUCAGCUUUGACCGCUACUUCUGUGUGACAAAGCCCCUUAGAUACCCCGUGAAGAGAACAGCGAAGAUGGCAGGGAUGAUGAUCGCAGCUGCUUGGGUGUUGUCGUUUAUCCUGUUGGCUCCUGUCAUUUUGUUCUGGCAGUACAUCGUAGGGGAGCGGACAGUUAGUGAGGUUGAGUGUUAUGCACCGUUCUUCUCAAAUCCAGCUGUCACUUUUGGUACUGCUAUAGCUGGCUUCUAUCUCCCUGUUAUUAUCAUGACGAUUUUGUAUGUGCAAAUAUCUCGUGCCAGCAAGAGUCGUGUAAAGGAGGAUAAAAAGGAAACUGAAUCAAGCAAGUACACCUUUUUACCCAGUCUAGUGAAGGGCAAAAUAAUGAAACAGAAUAAUAACAACAUAUUGAAUGUUCCUGAUGAUUUACCACAUGUCAAAAUAACUGGUGAAAUAAUCGCUGAUAAUUGUGGCCAAGGAGAGAAGAAGCUCUCCAAUGAGUCAAUGUCCAUCAGUGUGGACCCAUCAAACCAGAAGGAAGGGGCAAUGCAAGAGAGCACAAAUGUUUGUAAUGCUGAAAGCUGUUUCAGGGUGGACAACCCCAAACUCUCAUGCAUAACGAUAGUUAGCAAAUCUCAAAAAGAUGAUGACAUUUGCACUACGGCAGUAAUAGUGCCAGGUGUCAUCAGCAAGAAUGGGAAUGACAGAGAGAUUAGAGCAGACAAUAAGAUCAUUACAAUGACCAAUAUCCCUGCUAAGAAGAAGAAGGGAGCUGUAUCCCGAGAGGACAAAGUGACUAGAACCAUCCUGGCUAUUCUCCUGGCGGUUAUCAUCACUUGGAGCCCAUACUUUAUCAUGGUGCUCAUUAACACGUUCUGUUCAACCUGCGUCCCCAACACAGCUUGGACUAUUGGAUUCUGGCUUGCUUACAUCAACAGUACCGUCAACCCAGCCUGCUAUGCACUGUGUAAUAAUAACUUCAAGAAGACCUUCAAGCAUCUUCUCCUGUGUCAGUACAAGAACAUUUGUGCAACAAGAUAA